AUGAAAACAAUUGUUAAAAUAUGUAAUGAUUGCAGGAGAUUUAAAAGUUNAUAAUAUAGUGGAGAAUUUCCAUUUGGUAUAAUUUCAAUAAUUAAGAAUUAUUUAUUAUUGUUAUAAAUUAGAACUUUUCAUUGUUAAUUAGGAGAAUACUUAAAUUUAUAGUCUGGAGGAUGUGUAGAAUGUGAUAUUUCAUAGAAUUAAUAUUCUGUUUCAUUUAAUGCUUCUAAAUGUGAAACUAAAGAUGAAAUUAAGAUUAAAAAUAUAUAGCCAGCCAUGAUUGAAUUAAGAGAAGGAUAUUGGAGACCAUUUUAUUUCAGUAAAAUUAUUGAAGAAUGCUAUCAUCUAAAUUUAAAUUGUUUAGGUGGUUGGUUUGCAGGAAAUCCUUCUUGUGCUUUUGGCCAUAUAGGAGCAUUAUGUGAAUAAUGUGAUUUAUAUAAUAUAGCAGGAAAUGGUUAAUUUUCUCAAAGCAAAAAGUAUUCAUGCUCUAGUUGUGAAGAUGUAGCUGGAAAUAUCGUUAAUAUAUUAUUGGUUAUAUUAUGGACUUUAUUUUCUGUCUUUUUGUCUGUUAACAGCACAAUUAAAAUGAUAGAAGAGUUUAUUCAAUAUACUAAACUUAAAACAAUAGGAAAAUUUAUAGUAUUUAAAUCAGCAUCAACUUCAGUUUUGAUAAAAGUCUUUACAAAUUAUUUAUAAAUUAUCAGUUCUUUAGCAACUUUUUAAUUAACAAUUCCUAGUGGAAUAACUUUAACAUUUACAUCAGUAGGAAAUCCAAUAGAAUCAAUGGCAUUCUCAUUAGAUUGUUAUUUAGUUUAAGUGAGCUCUAUACCAAUUCAUUAUCUUCGAUUAAUAUGGGGGCUCUUAAUGGUUGGAUUUUAUAUCUUUGCUUAUAUGUUUAUUCAUUUAGUCUCCUAAGUUGUUAUCAAUAAAUUAUAACCUAGCAUAACAUUUAUAGUUACUACUUUAAUAUACAUCUACAUAUAUUUAUCUCCAAAUAUUUUCGGAGGUUUGAUUUCUUUAUUAUCAUACAGAAAUAUUUCUAAUAUUGAUUGGAUUUCUGCUAAUGUAUCUUACGAAUAUAAUACCUCAUUACAUUAUGAUUGGUUGGUCUUUUUUGUAACCCCAAUAUUUAUUAUAAUUGGAAUUAUUUUGCCUCUUUUCUUUUGGUUUGUAGUUUAUUAUAAUCGAAGUAAAUUAGAUACAACAAAAGUAAGAAAGAUUUGGGGAUAUCUCUAUAACGAAUAUAAAGUAAGUACCUAUUAUUGGGAAACAAUAAAAAUUAUUUAAAAAGAAUUCAUUAUUUUAGUAUUAAUUUAUUAUGAAGAUUAUAUAGCAAUAAAAGCAAUUUUAAUCUUUUUUAUUUUGUAUAUAUAUGGUAAUCUAACAUAUUAAUAUAAACCAUACUAAACAGGAGAUUUAAAUCAUAUUGAUUCUUUACAGACAUCUAUAUGUAAAAUAUCCAUACUGUUAGCAUCACUUAUCUUUACAGCCUAAAGUUUACAGAUAAGAGAAAUAAUUUUGCCUUCUUACGUAAUUCUAGCAGUAAUUAAUUUUGCAUUUACCUUAAAUAUUCUUUCUAAAAUUUUAUUUGCUUACUUUGAUAAAUUGUAAGUGUAAAUUGAUUCUGUCAAGGCUUAUUUUAGUUAUAGAUUUCCAUAUAUUAUUAAAAGCAAUAAAAUUUGUGUGAAGGUAUUUAAAAACACAGUUGAAAGAAAAUAAAUAAUUAGAUAAAGAUUUUUAAUGAUUAAAGCUUAUUUACUUGCUGAAGCUAAAUAAAUAAUCCAAUACAAAGAGUAUAUAUAUAUUAUAGAGAUUUUUUAGGUUCUAAAAGUAAAUAAGUAAAACAAACAGAAAAAUGUAUGAUGGUGGAUUGUACGAUAACUUUUCCUCCUCUCCAUAGAAUAUCAAUAAAAUAAUUAGACUAAAUACAAAUUACAAUUCAUCAAGAUUUAAUAUUCAUAUCAAAUAAUCCUCUUCAGAAAAUUGA